AUGGUUCAAUUCGUACUGAGCAAUAGUUUCGUCUCUUUCGCCGGAUUCACCUUCAGACAAGUAAACGGAAUACCGCAAGGCAACAACGCCUCUCCAUUUAUAGCAGAUCUUACCUUAACGGCCAUGGAAUACAAUUUUAUAAUUAACAAUAAAAUCCUUUUCGACAGACGCUUUUUCCACGCCGCCAGAUACAUGGAUGACAUAUUCAUAAUUUACGAUAAAAAUAAAUUAAACUUAUCCCUAAUCACCAACACACUAUACCAUAACUCAUUGGAACUUAACCAAACCAAUACGGAAACAUAUAAAACCCAAUUUUUGGACUUAGAUAUUUCAAUCGAUGAACAAAAAAUCUUAAGCAAAUUAUAUAACAAAACGGAUGACUAUAAUUUUCAAAUAAUCAGAUACCCUCAUCACGACAGUUAUGUAGCUCGAAAUAUUGGUUUCAACACAUUCACUAAUGAAAUUGUUAGAUUCUCUAAAUGCUGCGGUAGAAUAGAAGACUUUAUAGAUAGGACUAUCGAUUGCAUAAAAACUUUCAUAUUGAAUCAAUACAAUUUAAACACCUUAAUUAGAAUUUUGAAAACAAAAAAACUUUAAAUAGGACUAAAUUCAAAAGAAAAAAAUCGGAUUUAGUUUUUGCAAAAAAAUACACAUUUCAUUAUAACUAUCCCUUCUUCACUCUACAUUCCAAAUUUCAACCUCAAUUUUUCUACCUUUAUACUUUCAAUAUAGACUUCCACAAGAACAUAAAUUUAAUCUACCUCUUCGUAACUUUUUGACCUCUGCCGACAACAAUCGAUAUCGGAUAUGAAUGACUACAUUUCCCUUUUUUUCUCUUUUUCCUUUUUUUCUUCCCCCUUCAUUUAUCAGUUUUUCCCUUUUCAAUUUUUCCAAACUUUAUUAAUUUAAAACUGCGCCUAGGUAUAAUAGCUAAAAAAAUCUUUUAUAACAUUUUUUUGAUUUAAAGCAAGAGGGUAAAAUGCUGACGAUGGGUCACCCUCUAAGCCGUCCAUUUUUGGGACCCUGAAACGGCUGCGCGACAUAAAAAUAUUAUCAUCUUUAAACCCUUUCUCCUCUAAGAAAUUUCAGAAAUCCUAAAACCUUUUUCAUAGUAAUGUCCUCCCUCAUAUGUAUUUUCUCACCCUUCAUAUUGAUCAAACACACUGAAUUUCUCUACGUACCUGAUGCGCGCGCAAGUUGAACAUCGAUUCUGUUGAUGACAACCAACAAGCCAUCGCACAUGUUCAUCACACUGCUCAUUGGCGUUCUCUCGCUAUGCCAUCUAAAUAGUUUGAAAGCAUAAAAAUUAGAUAAUAACACAACGUAAUUUUUGAGAGAAAUCAAAAACAUAUAAAUAGUUCAAAAAUGAUAGGAAAUUCAAUUCUCACUUUUCUUGAAACACUCCCACGAGCGUACUAUGAGUACUGCUAAUCUCUCGUGCCUCGCUCUGAAAUAAAAAUAAAACAUAUAUAGUAAAAGGGGCACAAAAAUAGUUUAACUUACCGAUGCCAAAUGCGCCAUGAGCAAACACCGGACGUUGCCUGUAAAGAUUUUCAGUUAAUUCACAUUAGUAACCGUAGUUUAGGUGGCCAGCAAACUUAAACAUUUCUAACAAUAAUUAGUUUAUUCAGAUACAGAAGAAAGAAAAUGAAUAGAGAAAUGAACGGAGGAAUAGAGAGAGAGGAGAGUUUACGCGAAAUAAGAGAGAAAAUAGGAAUAAACUUUUAACGACCUCGAGAGUAAUGUAAGGAUAAAAGAACAACAAUAACAGUUGAGUGAUGUUGCAAGUACGGAAGAAAAGAAAGUCUUUGUAUUCAUAAAACACGGCGUUUUAAAAAGGGUGGACGUGAAGAGAAAAACUGGUAGGCGAUAAAAUGUGCCCUGAUGAAAAAGUUCAAACGGCGGAGUACGGUAGGAGGAAGCAAGUUCGCGCCAGCGUACACUUCUUAUCAGAUAAUUAUUAACACGCUGUCUCUGUAAUUCUCAAAAAGAGUCUCGAGCGUGCACGUUCUGAAAAUAGAACAGUCUGGAAAAUUAUCAGGGGUCUCAUAAAACCUAAAAAUUUUUAUUGACGUACUUUUAGAAAUUUUUGACAAGGAAAAACUUGCUAAAACGCUUUUUGAAUGUCUAGAUGACCUCAUAGACGCUACCUGCCCAAGCUUUUUUUAGACAUUCAGAGAGCGUUUGAGCAAAAAAUUCGUGGUCCACGCUGAGAAGCGAAGAUGUGUGGUCCACGCUGAGAAGCGAAGAUGGACCAUCAAAGUAUCAAAGUAAGUAAGUAAGAAGGUCAUUUUACUUUUCGACUUGGAAUUCUCUGAAUUUUUUGCUCAAACGCUCUCUGAAUGUCUAGAUGAAGAUCCAUCAUAGUCUCUUUCUGCGAAAACUUCUAUUUUUUUAAAUACUAAUUUUUCAAACUUCGCCUUUAACGCAAAAAUUGACUCCAGAAAAAGGUCAUUCUACUUUGCGUCUUUGGAUUCUCUACAAGUUUUCUCGAAAAAUCUCUGAAGGUUUAUUUGAAGAUCCAUCAAAGUUGCAACCCGCGCCAGCUUCUAGUUUUUGAGAUGAUUGAUUCUGACGCUCGAAAAGUUAGCCUCAAAAUUUAUAUUUGGCAACUUAAAAAAUAAUAUUUCAAAAGCUAGAAGCGGGCAGGUAGCGUCUAUGAGGUCAUCUAGACAUUCAAAGAGCGUUUGAGCAAGUUUUUCCUUGUCAAAAAUUUCUAAAAGUACGCCAAGAAAAAUUUUUAGGUUUUAUGAGACCCCUGAUAAUUUUCCAGACUGUUCUAUUUUCAGAACGUGCACGCUCGAGAAAUAGCGAUGGGUCGAAUAAACAUUCCGAUAGGGCUGGAAGCCGUGGGCGACGGCUGCUCAGAACGACUCCGGGAACUCGUCAACUCCGUCAUAGGUCCCGAAGAAUCCCCACAGACUUCUGAAUCCAACUUUCAGAUGACGUACGAGAAGACCGUCAGGCGCGGGAAAACGAGAACGUCGUUUUCAACGGUAGGAAAUCCUACUUCAUUUUAUUUAUUUUCCACCGUCGCCCAGAUUCUUCCUUGAAUUAUUCACUAGUCGCACCGCGUUCCGAAUUUAUUUUGGAUGAUAAAUGCGUGAAGAGUAGGAUAAAUAGAUUUUUUUUUUCGGAAUCCCUUCGGAAAAUCUACAUUUUUGGAAAUGAAGAAAAGUGACUUGCAGGAGGUGUUUCCUGA